AUGGUGGACCAUACCGGCUUUAGGAGGUUUGUGAGUGCCCUUCAGCCUUCAUUCAAGAUGGUGACUAGGAACACAAUCAGGAAGGACAUUAUGGAUGCAUAUAUGGAAGAAAAGAAGAAGGCCCUAGAGUACAUGGUUGCAACUAAGUCUAGAGUGGCCAUCACUACAGACAUGUGGACCUCUGAGAAUCAAAAAAGAGGUUACAUGGCUGUAACAGCCCAUUUCAUUGAUGACUCUUGGACACUUAGAAACAUUAUAAUGAGGUUCAUAUAUGUGCCUGCCCCCCAUACUGCUAAUAUUAUUUCUGACAAGCUGUAUGAUGCUUUCGUUGAAUGGAAUGUUGAUGAGAAGAUCUCCACCGUGACUAUGGACAAUUGCAGCACAAAUGAUGCGGUAAUUCCUGUACUGAUCAACAAGAUUGGUUCCGAUAAACUGAUGUUAAAUGGUCAAAUAUUGCAUAUGCGUUGUUGUGCCCAUAUUCUAAACUUGAUUGUGAGGGAUGGUUUAGAUGUGAUACAACCUGCAAUUGCAAAGAUUCGUGAUAGUGUUGCCUUUUGGACAGCCACACCUAAAAGAGUAGAAAAAUUUGAGGAAAUUGCAAAGUAUGUGAAAGUGCCAACUGAUAACAAAUUAGGACUUGAUUGCAAAACAAGGUGGAAUUCUACAUACAAGAUGCUUAGUGUUGCUUUACCUUACGAGGCUGCUUUUAA